AUGGAUUUUCUCAAUCAACUUCAUGUUUUCAAUAUGCCUGGGUCUUCUUCAUUAAGUAUCAGAGAACCAUGUUUCUGUAGGCAUAUGAAAAAAGCAGAUGAGAUAAUUCUGUCUAUUCCUUCUGAUGCUGCUUGCAAGCUGUGGGGUGUUGAUAUGGGCCCUACAAAUGUUAUGAUACAUACUGAUGAUGGCCACAUUUUUAAUGUUUUUUUAACUGAAUCUAAAGGAAAUUUGUUCUUUUUCCAUGGAUGGUCCAAUGUAACCCAACAUUUGGGACUAUCCAAAGGAUGUUUUGUAGUAUUCAAUCCCCUCGAUUGUACUACGUUUAAAUUAACACCUUUCAUUGAUGGUGUUAGCGGUAGCUCUUUUUGGACAUAUCUGCUACGUACAUCAUCUCAUUUUUAUGUAAUACCUGAAGUUAUCCUGCCGGAAACCUUUUCUACAUCCAUUGAUUUAAUAUCCACUAUAAUGAUAAACAACAAUCCGUUUCAUGUUAGGAUUGAAACGGAUGGCGGUAAAUUCGGUUUUACCGUUGGUAUUGACGUUAUUGUUAGUUUGUUACAUUUAGAGCCUGGUUGUUUUUUGAUAUUUACAAAAUUUUUUGGUAAUGAUUUUAAUUUAAAAGUAUUUGGAAAAAACGGUGUUGAAAAUAACUUUCUUGAUGUAGACGUUGAUGUGGUAAGGUUACAUUUUGUUACUUAUAUGUUAUUUAUACAUUUGUUAAUUUAAUAAUUUAAUAAAUUGUAUUAAAUGUUUUAUUUAAUUUGCAGCCUUUAGUUCCUCCUAUUGAUGCUGUGAACGAAAUUUAUGAAGAACCACAUAGUCGUGUGUAUCGGU